GAAACAACUAAAGUUAAAAGUACCUGAAGGGACCAACGUUUUGAGGUUAUGUCUAAACAAUGUGAACUGUUUAUAUUUUAAUCUCCAGACUAGACGAAUUGGUAACUUUGCAAUAUUCCGAAUCCGUCACCGCCCCCAUGGAGCCCCCUCUGGUCAACGUCCAUGACUGUAAAAUUUGCCCGUACGUUACAACGUCGUUUUUCCUGAUGAUGAACCACAUUCGCCGUCAUCAGUCGCCUUUGGUACCUUUUAACUGCGAAAACCCCCUUGAUUCUUACCAUUGCAAACACUGCAGUUUUCAAACGGAACUAACGCUGCUUUUCAAGCAACAUAUUAGAAAACACCAUGGAAUUAAACACGAAAACGACGAUUUAAUUGUACAACACAAUAAUCAAAAAUACGUUUGUGAAAAGUGCGGCUUUGAGACGCAUUUUACGCUUAAAUGGUUAUGUCACAUUCGAGAGUGUCAACAAUCUAAAGGACAACCAAAUUCGAAAAGGAAUAUUAACGCACGACAUGUAGACGACCUUGACGCCAAAUGGUAUAAAUGUAAACAGUGCUCAUUUAGAUGUAAACGCAAAUCAUCUUUGUUGGGACACAUGAAGAUUUGUCAUUUGAAAGAAGAGAAUGACAAGUGGAACGAAUGCCAACAGGGUCCGGACAAGACUAGAGAUUGUUCAAACUUAAGGAGUGACGGGAGAAGCCAGCAUUUGGAUGGGAAAAGUAUCACGUGGUAUCAGUGCAACGAGUGUCCAGUUAAAACAAGAGACAAGAGGGUUUUGCAGAAACACGUGAAAGCGCGACAUUCCAACGGACACAGAGGCAUUAAAUGCUACAAUUGUGAAAAAUGCCAAUUCAAAACCAAAUACUGAUCUGGUUUAAAUAGACACAUGAAUGCGCGGCAUUUGGACGAAGGCGAAAUAGAGUGGCACCACUGCACUCAGUGUCCUUACAAGUGCAAAGAGAAAUGCAGUUUGAAAAAACACAUUAACGCACGGCAUCUGGACGACCAAGACGCGAAGUGGUAUGAAUGUAAACAGUGCUCAUUUAGAUGUAGACACAAUGACUCCUUGAUGAGACAUGUGAACGCCUUUCAUUUAGACGAAAAGGACGGCAUGUGGUAUGAAUGUAAACAGUGUCCUUACAAGGCUAGAGAUUGUUCGUCGCUAACGAAACACGUGAAGUCCCAGCAUUUGGAAGGACAUGACAUAAAAUGGUAUCAAUGUGAAAAGUGCCAAUACAAAGCCAAAUAUCCCUACUGUUUAAAGACACAUAUAAAUCGGCGGCAUUUAGACAUGAAUGAAAUCAAGUGGCACCACUGCAGUGAGUGUCUUUACAAGUGUAAAGAGCACCGCCAGCUGAAAGACCAUUUUAAUGCACGGCAUCGGAGCGACCAGGACGCGAAAUGGUACGAAUGCACAUAUUGUGCACACAAAACUAAGAAUAGUUCGAAUUUAAAACACCACAUAAAAAGGUACCACUUGAAAGCGAAAAUUGACCAUUUAAUAGCAGACAAAAAUCGAGUUUGACACCACAUGUGAAGUGUAAAUAAAGUGUAUUAUAGUCGCAUGCAGACUUUUGGACUUUUUUCAUUCUAUUAAGCGGGAACGCUAGACGAGAGACAAGUUUGAAUUGGGCGCCAUUUGUUGCCUUAAACGCAACCAGCAAUUCUUCUUUAAAUCUACCUGAUGCGCUGGAAAAGACGACUACCGGACGUGGGUCAUAAAAACAUCGUAAGCCGAUAAUGCAGAAUAGUGAUAAUUUAUGACAGGCGGCCCACAACAUACCUUCAGCACAGAACAAUCAUUUCUCGUAUUAUUUUGACAUAUUAAUUUUAAUAUUUGACACAAUUAUUAUAUUAUUUCAACACAAUUUACACACUGUAG